CAAGCACAGUGAAAACUAUGAUAAUGUAAGACUUUAUUUUCAGUUUGGAAUAAACCUGCCAUUAUGAGUUCAUCCUACAUGGAAGUACAAGUUGAUAGGAUUUCGUUCAGUACUAUAUAUUUGCCAAAAGUUUUUCUUUUCUAGGCCAUGAAAUUUGGAGACCUCCUUUCAUACGCUCGCCCUGGGUACAAACACUGGGCGGUGUACACUGGGACGAAUAAAAAGGGAGAAGAUACGGUUGUCGAGUUUACAGGUGAAAUGGGAUCAAACAGUAAAGCAGGAGCCACUGUGAAGCAAGGUCUGCUCAAGCCUGGUUUCACAGUCGAAAAUCAACAGCAUGGGGAAACAGCAAAAUCUGAAGCAGAGAUGAGAGCAAAUGUUGAGAAGGUUUUGCGAGAUGGCGCCGGAAAAUAUGGAAUACUCGACAACAACUGUGAGCACCUAGCCACAUUUAUUCGCUACGGGAAAGCCCAAUCACUACAGGCAAAUCGCGUUCUCAAUACGGCACCAAACUUUAACAACGAAAUUGCAGAUAACUUCGGUGCAUCUUCCUUUGGUUCGUCCAAUAUGAAAUUUAAUUAAUUUCUUCAAUCUGCAUUCCCCCUCCACUGCACUCACAUGUUAUUUGAUUUGUAGUGAAUGUUUUUUUUUUUUUUUCAAUCAUAUUAAAGUUGAUUUGGCUGCACUGUGUCUUGAUUGUACAAAAAUAUCUUCAUUUUAACAAGAUUUAUGUAACUUUUAGAACAGGUUUUUUAUGUCACUCUGAGAGGAGUUUUAAAGCAGCCAGUGGGAUAAUUAAAAAUGUACUUCUUUUAAACAACAAAUUCGCUACUUCCCUACACGCCGGCUCAGUGCACAUCUCAUCAGGGAGACGUGAACCUCUCCCCAUGGCUCCGCUCCAGAUCCCACCGCAGAAGCAGAAUUAACAAGUUACUUUCUCGGUGCCAAACCUAAAUGUACCAUUACAGGUUGUUAUAUAUAUAUAUAUAUUUUUUACAAAUCAAGGGAUAACAAUACAAAUGUCUAUGUGUUUUUUGUUUGGUUUUUUUUACAGAGAAGGAAUGCAAUCCUUCACACAACAAUCUCAAUGCAAAAGUAAAUCAUUCUUUUAUUAAAUGCACAGAAACUCUCUGACUCUUCCAUCCAGAUCGGGGUAUUCUCUGCUUUUAUUGUUAUUUUAUUUCUUAUGCAUUCCAUUUUUAUUCUUAUGUAUUUGUUUCCUUUUCAUGUAGAGCACUUUGAAUUACCAUUGUGUAUGAAAUGUGCUAAAUAAAUAGACUUGCCUUGC